AUGCACAUACCGUUAAUGAAAAAUUCAAGAAGGGGAGAGAAAAGAGAUGAGAAAGUUUCUACGAGAAACGGUCAAGAUAAGAUUCACAUAACUGGAUCCACAGCUAUUAUUAAAGGACAAUUCUUAGACACCUGGAGAUAUUUUUCACGCAUCGAAUUUACCAUCGCGAAGAGAUCUCAUUUGGCAGAAAUUUCCGAGAGUUCUCGAUUUAUCUUUCUGCCGGCACCUGGACAAGGGCCGUUCGAUCCCUUCGAGAUUUUCAGGAGGCAACUAGGACACCCCUCGGUGGAGAAUAUCAGGGAGAGGAAACUAACACGUUGCGCACGUUACGUGCAGAAACAGAGCAUCACGGUCAACAGUGCAGAGAAGAAGUCUCGGCUUCUUCGACCGAUCGACCAUCCCGGUCACGGUCGAGGAGGAUCCGGAGGGAUUGAAGAAAAGAAGAGAGAAGAGGAAGUAAACUGCAGUCAUCUAACGGCGAUCGCCAUCAUUUUUCUGUCGCAGAUCCGAUCGGAGCGUCUACCACCCACGAUGGUCUCACCACUCGGACGGCCCGGGAAAACGAGGCAGCAACAAUCAAGGGCAAUCAAGGCAUCAAUCAUGGCAUCAACCAGUCGACGGAACGGCGUGGGAGGAUCAACAUCAGCGAGUGCAGCCGGAAACCGAUGUCAGGCGGAAGCCAGCUAUCCGGCGAGGAGCCAAAAUGAGUAACCGAAAUGGAUAAGGAAGUGUAUCCGGCGCGAUCUCGUUCCUCGAUGAUCGAGGGAGAUCAUCAGAGAUCAAGAGCGACGAUCGCAACAAUUCUUCAAUCCACCAAGCUAUCUAUUAUAUUUAUUGCAUCUACUGGGAUUUGUUGAAUUUAUCGCCAACUAUCGUGCAUCAUUCGUUUCAAGUUAUCGCAUUCACACAUUUCGCACACAAGAGGGGAAAACAGGCUCUCACGUGUCUACCCGGCGAGCCUGAAGAUAUUAAUGAUUUAUCUUGCACACUCGAAAGCGCCUUCGAACGAGACAUCCUCGAGGCGUACACAAAACUCCGCAAGUUCUAGUAUCGAACGAAUCUUCCGGCAUUCGAUCUCAAGAUCAAACCAGGCAAUUUUUAUUUUCGUUGGACCAACCAUCUUCCGUCUCGACAACGUCUACGCCACACGCCAGACGGCGCACAAUCGUCAAUCACUCGAUCUCCAACGCGAAAUUUUCGGAAACUCAGGAAUCUCCUGACUGACGGAUGGCUGCUUCUGCCGUUCUCGCCGGACCGAAGAGCAAAAGCAACAAAAUCGAACACUUUCAACGCAACACUUGGAGCAUCGUCAAAAACAGCAAAUACAUCUGGAAACGUCACACAUUUACUAUCACUAUUAUUAUUACUUCAAAAAAUCAAACGCCGAUGUUACUUUCACCCUCACAGCCAAUACUAAUACUAAUGAUAGUAACACUAUCGACGAAAAUUCUCUGAAAUCAAUAGAAAUUUACGAAAAUAUCACACAGCGCGUGCAUCACGCGACGCAUUUCAGGAACGCGCAGUUUCAUUUCAGGAACGAAAAAAAGCACACACUCAUAACACGCACGCGCACGUAAUUAGCGUGCUCCGCGUUGUUUCGCAGCGCGAAAAAAAAGAGAAGAAAUUGCGAGAGUCUAGACUCUAUCUCGCUCAAAAUUGGAUUGGAAAGGACAAAACGUCUCUCCUCACAAAAGGCUCACGGCAUGGACGGAAUCGUUCCUCCGACCUCAACCAGGCAACCCUUCGAUCUAUACGCCGCCACAAGCGCAAGUCUCGCACAUCUCACAAUUAUAAUUUUGCAGAGCAUUUACCAAAUGGUCGCAGCAGGACGCGCGAUCUUUUUUCGUAUGUAUACGAUUUACAGAAGGCAUUACCGCGGACCGUACCGCGAGGAAAAAAAAACACUUCUCGUUACACUUCCCUACGUUCUUUAUGCGCUGCGCCAUCACCAAAGAGAUACAACGUGAUUCCAAGUUCACGUACGAUUUAUCGAUGAUUAUUUUUUCAUUAACUCUUCCCGGCAAUUUUUACGUGAAACAGUUUCGCAAAACCAUUUUUGAUCAUUUCACGGUUCAAACAGGAGACAAUCGAUUAACGUGCAUGUCAAUCAACGACAUGCAAAUUAAGGCUUCAGAGCAGAUCAAAAGCGCCAAAUCGCAAAAUCGGUAAUCACGACGUAAAUUAUAUCGUGCGGCCAAAACAGUGCUGCAUCGAUCUGAGAAAAAACGAUCUUCCAGAACUCAACCUGGCGACAAAGAAUAGAGGCUCUCGAUCGAAAUUCGUAUGUUAUUUCGGAUCGACGAGUUAGCGCAUCGUCAAAUACCUGACCUACAACUUCUCGAUUAAUGAUUAGAGAGAGAGAGAAAAAGAGAGAGCAAACAGCAGCGCUCCAAAAACAGACGAUCUCAAAAGCGACCCGCGCAAAUUUCACAAGCAAAAUCCACAGGGAAGUGAGCGGAAAGAUUGACAUUCAAAGCAAAUGUCAUCCCUAAAUCAACCGAAAUCGAUCAUUAAUCGAAUCAAUUCAUAUCGAAUCCCAAAAUCAAUGGAAUCAACAAUCGAGCUAAUAUAUAACGUUCGUUUGCGAAUGACGCUAUGCAAAACAGUACACGCGGAGUCCUUUUUGGUCCAAUCCAAAGAUACUCUGAAAACAACCAGAAAUUAUCAGCAAAAUCUGCGAAUAAACUUUCACAAAAAAAAAAAUGAACUUUCGCACGCGGCUCUGUAGCGGCGUAAAUCAACUAUCUCAUUUGAAAAAUUACGUCCAACGAGCAAAAAUCACUUCAGGAACACGAGACAACCGCAAAAUACCGCCAGAAAACAAGAAUGGCGAGAACCAUUUACUCGGAGCAAAGCAAACUCAGAGAGAAUCAUUUAUUCUCCAUUACUUCAAUAAACUCUGUACUCGGUCACAAAUUCGACACGAAUCGCACGAAGAUUCGAAUCUGGAUGAAGAAUAGAAUUUUACAUCGAAAAGCAUUCCGACUCGAAAUCUCAGGACAAAAAUCGCUAUCGCGGACUUUUCCAACUGUGCAAGAACCUCGACAAGCUAAACAGAACCUAACUAUCUAUUAAUCGACAACGAUGUUUUAUUUUUCUCCUGUCAAGCAAGAAGAGCUCGAGGAAUCAAGACGAGCAAAGGACUAAUUAUGUUUUAUGGAAAUUCAUCGAAGAACUUAUCCUCGGAUGACAACUCUUGGACAUACACGGAUAAUUGCGAGCACCAAAUCAUAGCGGAACAACAUGGGACACAGUCAUUUGGGUCAACAAACAACGCGGACGUCGCGGAAACAUCGUGGGACCAUCA